CUCAUACAAUACCUACUAAUUUUCGGAGUCUAUGCAGCGGCAGAUUGAACAUCGUUACGUGCCUCGGACCAGUUUCAACGGUUCAAGAUUUACGCCCAUCUAUAUGCAGGCUCCAUUGAAGCUACUUCUGACUUGGUCCGGGUUCCAGUUUCGACAGAGCGGUCGCGGAGCGGCCGACCCGUGUUGCUCAAAUCGGGGACUCGUCCCGGUCCAGUCCUCGUGUAAUCCCCAGGGAUCCAAGGAGCGACGCGCCUCGCCUCGCCGUCGUCGGGUGCUGCUGCUGCUUUUCCUACACAGGCGAACGGCGGCCCGAGGGAAGCGAAGCGAAACGAAACGGAGCGAAACCAAACGAAAGGACGGAGCGAGCUGUCGCCGCUCGGAAAAUGGCAGCCCUACUGCAACACUCGCGGCAACGCUGCCAACCAAAGCGACGCAUACGAAUUAAACUGAUCGACUCCGCAAAUACUUGGGGAAAAUCGAGCGGGGCUGAAUUGGCGAUUGUUUUUGUUCAUCGACGCCGACGUGCCGCUGACUUUACUUGUUAUUAUAUCCCGAAACCGCGCGUUGUCUCACUUUCUCACUCUCUCUCUCUCUCUCUCUCUCUCUCUCUCUCUCUCUCUCUCUGUCUCUCUUUCUUUCUUCUAUCGUCUCUCGUUUCUUUCCCUCUGCGAAGUUCACGUCGUCGUUCAGAAAAUCGCGCUCCGUAUUUACGCCUCUUCACGAUCGCACAAAACCUUCUUCCGCACUCUAACUUCCGAUCUUCGAUGACCCGAAGCGACUUCGCCGCAGGUAUAAACACGA